AUGGCUCGCACCAACCUCCGUACCGGCCUCAACAAGGGUUACCCCACCACCGUCAUCCCCAAGACUGUGAAGCCCUCGCACAAGAAGGGUAUCAAGACUGAGAAGAAGACCUUCGUCAAGUCGAUCAUCCGCGAGGUUGCCGGCUUCUCGCCCUACGAGAAGCGCGUGAUGGAGCUCCUCCGUAACUCGAAGGACAAGAAGGCCAAGAAGCUCACCAAGAAGCGUCUCGGCACCCUCCUCCGCUCGAAGCGCAAGGUCGAGGAGCUCUCCAACAUCAUCCAGGAGCAGCGUCGCCAGGCCGGCCACUAA